AUGAGCAAGUUCGGCACUCUGGUCAUGGGCCCGGCCGGCGCCGGCAAGAGCACCUUCUGCUCCGCCCUGAUCCAGCACCUGCGCACCCUCAAGCGCUCCUGCUUCUACAUCAACCUCGACCCCGCCGCCGACGACUUUGCGUACGAGCCCGAUGUCGACAUCAAGGACCUGAUCAGCCUCGAGGAUGUCAUGGAGGAGAUGGGCCUCGGCCCCAACGGCGGCCUCAUCUACUGCUUCGAGUUCCUGCUCGAGAACCUGGACUUUCUGACCGAGCCGCUCGAGGAAGUGACCGAAGAGUACCUCAUCGUCAUCGACAUGCCCGGCCAGAUCGAGCUGUACACGCACGUUCCCAUUCUGCCCGCCCUCGUCAAGCACCUCAUGCGCGGCUCGCUCAACAUCAACAUGUGCGCCGCCUAUCUGCUCGAGGCCACCUUCGUCGUCGACCGCGCCAAGUUCUUCGCCGGCACCCUCUCCGCCAUGAGUGCCAUGCUCAUGCUGGAAAUGCCGCACAUCAACGUCCUGAGCAAGAUGGACUUGGUCAAGGACCAGCUGGCCAAGCGCGAGCUCAAGCGCUUCAUCACCCCGGACGCUGGCUUGAUGGAAGACGAUCCGGCCCACAAGCUCGAGUUCGAGAGCGCCGGCGACCCGGCUGCGACCGAGAGCGUCAUGACGGGUUCCUCGUUCAACAGACUGAACAAGGCGGUCGCGGGACUGAUCGAUGACUUCAGCAUGGUUUCUUUCCUCAAGCUCAACGUGCAGGAUGAGGACAGCGUGAACGCAAUCCUCAGCUACAUCGACGACGCUAUACAAUACCAUGAAGCGCAAGAGCCGCAUGAGCCGCUAGACGAGAUCGAUACGGGCAUGGAUGACAGUUGA